CCUGCCUGCUCCAGGCCGAGCUGGUGAAUUACGAGCGAGUGAAGGAGUACUGCCUCAAGGUGCUUCAGAAAGAAGGGGAGAACUUCAAGGCGCUCUAUCGAUCGGGAGUGGCGUUUUACCACCUGGGUGACUUCAACAAGGCCCUCUACUACCUGAAAGAGGCAAGAUCCCGCCAGCCAGCAGAUACCAAUGUCAUACGAUAUAUCCAGCUGACAGAGAUGAAGCUCAGCAGAUGUUCCCAGAGAGAGAAAGAAGCCUUGUGAAAAUGAAGCUACUUCAGCUGAAGUGCCCGAGGGGGGAACAUUUCCUUCCUAGAAGCCUAUUUGGUGGAUUUUCCUGUUCGCUCUGCCUCAUCCUCAUCUCCCCAUCCAUCCACUCUCCCUUGCUCUUCAUUGAAUCCCAGUUUUCAAAAAAAGAGACGCUGGAUGUGGCUGCUUGCCAGCCAUGGUAAUACCCCUUCCCCCUGGCAGGAGAGCACAACGGCUACAGCCAGCCUUGUUCCAAGACAGUGUCACACAUCUGGAGUAGGCAAUGCUGGGGGACCUUUCUGGUCCUGAGCUAACUCCCUAUUACCCUUAGGGAAGCAACCCCCAGAACGACAACUUCCCUGACCAGGCAAGUUGGAAACACUUUCUGCUCUGAGAGAUCACUGAAGCUUGGAAGAGCUAAGAAACCAGAGAGAUGCUGGUUAUUUCACAGGGGGUAGCAAAUGCCUUUUAACCAUCAGUUCUCUCUGCCUGCUUCUCCAGUGUGUGUUAUCAGUUUCCAGUGAGAGCUCACAUGCUCCCAAUCUAAUGCCAGUGAAAACUGUUUCUAAACAUCCUCUUAAUGAAAGCACAGAGCACCCUAUGAAUCCCCUGCAGAGCUGUCCCAGUGCCGGAGGAGAAGGCUGUGGGCUACCACAGGACGCUGAACGGACUGUGAAAGCGUGGUGUACAGUGUGAGGGAAAAACUGUGAAAUAAUUCAUUAAAGGCAAAUAAAAAUUAUUAAUAGGCAACAAGUCCAGGCAUUGCUUUUCGAAGGGACCUCUUGGGUUCCCCGUGUCCAGACAGGCAACAUUUUCUAAUGGGGGGCAGCAUGGGGUGGGGAACAAGGGACAUCUCCGUUCUUAUCUUGGCUCUGCCAGUGCCUUGCUGUGUGAUCCUGGGCAAGUCACUUAGCCUCUCUGUGCCUCGGUUUCCCCAUCUGUAUACUGGGGAUAAUAAUACUUCCCUACCUCGCAGGGGUGUUGUGAGGAUGUAUUAGUUAAUGUUUGUAAGUAACAGUACAGUGAUGUACAGUGCUAAGUAUUAUUAGUACAUUCGAUUGAGGUCUUGAUUCUCCCAC